UCCGGAAAAUUUCACCAUCUGGCAACACUGUUAUCCAAGUUUAUCCUAGGAACGCUCUAGCAACGGAUUUUUUAGCGCAAUUUCCAUAGAUUUUCUUCUUAAUUCCGCAAUGGACACGCCAAAAAGAAUCCUGCCACGCAAUAAACACCUUGAGAAUGUCUUUGGGAACAUUCUAGGAACACCACUGAAGAUUCCCCCAUCGCCACAGCUGCAGAAAUUGGGAUUUGGCACAGGGAUUGAGGUUUGUCGGGUGAACAGGACCCCAAGCAAGGAUGUGGUGAAAUCCCCAUGGGCAGUGAAGCGUCUCAAUCGCUUUGCCAUCGAGGGGGACAUGGAGCAGAGUGAGAUUUAUUCAGAGAGACUGGAAAAGGAAGCCAGUCUCCUGAGGCAGCUCAAUCAUCCGAACAUUGUGGGCUUCAGGGCGUACAAAAAGGGUCCAGAUGGCCGAAAUAUCCUCGCCCUUGAGAUCUGUGACUCAUCCCUGGCUGAUAUUCUAGAGAAACGGCUGGAAGAUGAGAUGGGACCCCUUCCAUCGGAAAAAAUCCAGAGAUUCGCUCUGGACAUUGCAGGAGCCCUGGACUAUCUCCACAGGGAGAUGAAAAUACUCCAUGGGGACAUAAAGGCAGGGAAUGUCUUGGUGAAAAAGGAUUUCGAAGUGUGCAAGCUCUGUGACUUUGGAGUUUCCCUGAAACUCGAUGAUUCCGGACACAUUGAAGAUUCCGAGGAUAGAUACGUGGGAACUGAUCUCUGGGCAGCCCCUGAGGUCAUUGACGAGGAGUACUCUCUAAUUGGGAGUGCAAGUGACAUCUUUAGCUACGGACUGGUGAUCUAUGAGACUCUUGUGCUAAUGCCUCCGCAUCUCUUUGGAUUGGACCUCAGCGGAGAGGACAGCAUGACCGAUUUGGACAUGAGAGUCGGCAGUCGGCCUCCCCUGCCAGAAACCCUCGACCUUCCCGAAGAAUACAAUGGUUUUGUUGGAAUCUUCUACGCCUGCACUGCUGACCUUCCGGAAGAUCGUCCAACAGCCCAAUCCAUUCAGAAAAUGCUCCAGUAAUUUUUUUUUCAGUUACUUUAUUGAAUUAUUCACAAACUCCCGGACAUUCCGGAACAAUAAAAUCAUUUCUUCGA